AUGGCCGACCUACCAACAAAUGCCACCAAUAUCGCGGUAUGUUUUUUUGGCUGUAUACAAGCUUAUAACUACAUCAUAAUCCUCCAAGCAUGCGGCAAGUCACUGCACCAACGCUCCGCGCCUGCCUUCGGAAGUCAUGUCCGAUCACUCCUUCAGCAUCCUUCCUAUUCCUCCAUCUCCACACCCACCGCCAUCAUGCGACCCUCCUUGACCUCCAUCCACGCCAGUCUUUCCCUGAUAACAAUACUCAGCAACGCACGCUGGGCCACAGCAUCAACACCAACACCUAAACCCAGCACCCCGAUCGACCCCCAGCAAUGCGACUGCUACCUCAUCUCCGGCCCCGACCCGGGCUACUUCACGCAUUACAAGCUAUGGAACUUUCGCAACGCAUCGCAACAAUUCCACCCACCCUCACCCCCCCCAAAGACCAACAACACCGACACCCAAUACACAACGCACAGCCUCCUCACGCAAACCCCCUUCAGCAAAGACUGGCACGUCCAAACCUGGCACCGCGCCGCGGGCCCGCUCCUCUCCCCAAUCCCCAUGACGAACUCCGAAUCCAACGUCUUCCUCAUGCACUCAGCCAACCCUCCUCCUCAUGCUCCUCCUCACACCAACCCCCCAAGCGCAAGCGCAAGCACAAGCACAAGCUUCCUCGUCCUCCGCACGACACGCUUCACCAACCACGCCUCGACCGCGGAGAUCGAAUCGCAGUUCGGUCUGAUCGACCACUGCUCGCUCCGGCUCCACAUGCGCCUGAUGUCGCGGGACACCGCGCACCACCACCCAUUCCACCCCAAACCCGAACCCAAACACAAACCCAACUUCGCCUACCCGCCACCCAACAGGCCGCUCCCGCUCCCCGUCCCCGUCCCCGUACGUCCCGAUCAAAGGACCGUUCCCAGCGGCACCUGCGCGGGCAUCUUCACGUACCGCUCGGCGAUCUGCGAAUCGGACAUCGAGAUCCUGACGGCCGACAGUCCCUUCACGAUCCACUACGCCAACCAACCGGACUACGACGCGGAGCACGACCGGAUCAUCCCCGGGGCGAGCGCGGUGGUGAACCUGACGCGGCCCUGGACGGAGUGGACGACGCACCGGCUGGACUGGUUGCGGACGGAGUCGCGGUGGUAUGCGGACGACGCCUUGCAGACCGUCAAGCGGUAUCGCGUGCCGGACCGGCCUAGCAUCAUCGUCGUCAACCUGUGGAGUAACGGUGGGGAGUGGACGGGGGACCUGCGCGUCGGCGAGUCGGUCUACCUCGGGAUCGAGUGGAUGGAGCUGGUCUAUAAUCUCUCUUCUCCUGCUGCUGCUGCUGCUGCUGUCGACGCUUCUGCGUCUGCUUCCUCGGAGUUACUGGCGUCAUGGUCGUCCCUGGAACAGCAAAAGGGAAGUGACUGGGGUGGCAAGGAGGGGGAUGAUGUCCCCGGCUGGCGUAGUAGAAAGGAACAUCGUCAUCAUCAUCAUUAUCGACCAGAUCUGAAUCUCGCGGCCAUGGGCCUGAGUCAGUCGCGAGUGGAGGAACUACGCUAUCACCAAGAGGAUGGUCGUGAGACGAGAGGACCGUUGUCAGUUGGUCCAUCGACCCACUGUCGGAGACCUUGUUGGGUAGAUCAAUGA